UUAUCCAACAGGAUGAAUGAAAGAUUUAUCCUAUCUUUGCCAAUCUUACGGAUGGAAGGGGUUGAGAAUACAGGAUCCCAACCAGUCAAAGGUUAUUUAAGAUGCGCCAAAUAUUUCGGAGACCUUUCUUCAUGGCCUCCACCCGUAAGCUCUAUUUGGUGCUCCUUCAAUCUCAAGAGCCUCUGAAACCUCUCGUAUAUUUGACCUGCAAACAUAUUGUGCAUUAUGAGUGCAUCAUUAAUUCACGAAAGCUAUUCCCUAUAUGCCCAUCAACUGAUAUGGAACUGGAAGAAGAAAUGGAGAUUGAUAACGAUGAUAUGGUAACUGACGCCCAGGAGUCAAGUACCACGCAGAAAAAAUGCACUAGGAAGUCUACUACUGAAAAGUCCUUCAGCAAGAAAAAGAAGACAACUAAUAAGGACGAUGUUUCUACUAUGCUGAAAAAGCUUAUUAAAGAGCUGUUAACUAAUAUCCCUGAUACUGGUAAAAUCCUGGAAGAAAUGAAUGUGUCAGAUGCUUCAUCAAAUACCAGAACGCCAAGCCGAAUGAAUUUUUUAUGUCUCUCUAAUAUGAUAGAGCAAGCUGAGAAAAAAAUGAAGAUGCAACGCGGAAUGUCAUCAAUUGAUAUUUUGCCUUUGAAUAAGCUUUAUAUUUGCGAUACAAGGAGUUAAAAUCCAGCUAUGGUAAGGACAGAACAAAGGCUCUCAUUGAAGAAGAAGUUAGGAAACAAAUUCCUGAAAUGAAAUUUUCUAAUAAAGCUUUGCAAAAGAGGAGGAGGAGGUCUGAGAAAGCUUAUAAGCUUUUUGAUAGUAUUGGCAAAUCGAAAAUAGAACGAAUUAGGUCUUUUCCGCUUCAGGUUUAAGGUAAAAAUCAUAUAUAAAAUUCUUUGCAGAUCCUACUAUAAAAGGAAAUUUCAUGUUACAUUAUUAUGAUUUUUUUCCUUUUUAG